CAUGGACAUCCGCGUGGACAUCUCUCAGCUGCAGAAGCUGGAGAACUGCACCGUCAUCGAGGGCAACCUUCAGAUCCUCCUGAUGUUCACCACCAGCAGCGAGCACUUCCGGCGCCUGCGUUUCCCCCGCCUUGUCAUGAUCACGGAGUAUCUGCUGCUCUUCCGGGUCUAUGGGCUAGAGAGCUUGCGGGAUCUCUUCCCCAACCUCGCUGUCAUCCGCGGGACCAGCCUCUUCUUCAACUAUGCCCUGGUGAUCUUUGAAAUGCCGCACCUGCGCGACAUCGGCCUCCACAGCCUGACCAACAUCCUGAAUGGUUCCGUGCGCAUCGAGCGCAACCAGGAGCUCUGCCACAUCUCCACCAUCGACUGGGGGCUGCUGCAGCCCCACUCCCUCGAGCAAAACAUCAUCCUGCACAACAAGCCAGCAGAGGAGUGUGCAGAUGUGUGCCCGGGGAUCCUGGAUGUGGAGAAGCCCUGCGUCCAGACCCAGACGAGCAGCAAUGGCCGGAUGGAGUACCGCUGCUGGACCUCCAGCAACUGCCAGAAAGUGUGCCCCUGCCAAGAAGGAGUCGCCUGCACCAGCUCCGGCGAGUGCUGCCACCCGGAGUGCCUGGGAAGUUGCAGCCGGCCCUGGGACAACCAGGCCUGUGUCACCUGCCGCCACUUCUACUUCAAUGGCCUCUGCCUGCGCACCUGCCCAGACCGCACCUUCCAGUAUGAGAGGUGGCGCUGUGUGACGGCCGAGCACUGUGCCAGUCUGCGCAAGGUCUCCGAGAACCCCCGGGAAUCCUCCCAGUUCGUCAUCCACCAGAAGCAGUGCCUCUCAGAGUGCCCCUCUGGCUACCAGAGGAAGGAGAGCAGCAUCGUCUGCCACAGGUGUGAGGGGCUGUGCCCAAAGGAGUGCAAAGUGGGCACCAAGACUGUGGACUCCACGAGGGCAGCGAAGGACCUCUCCGGCUGCACCCUGAUUGAGGGCAACCUGAUCAUCAACAUCCGCCGGGGAGAGAACCUGGCCUCAGAACUGCAGGGCAGCCUGGGCCUGAUUGAGACCAUCACAGGCUUCCUGAAGAUCAAGCACUCCUUCGCCCUCAUCUCCUUGGCCUUCUUCAAGAACCUCCGGCUCAUCCGGGGAGACUCCAUGGUGGACGGCAAUUACACCCUCUACGUUUUGGACAACCCCAACCUGCAGCAGCUGUGGGACUGGAGCCACCACAGCCUCGCCAUCCCCGUGGGCAAGAUGUACUUUGCGUUCAACCCCAAGCUGUGCCUACCCGAGAUCUACCGCAUGGAGGAGAUCAGCGGCACGAAGGGCAGGCAGAACAAGGCCGAGAUCAACCCCCGCACCAAUGGCGACAGAGCAUCCUGUAAGACCCAGACCCUGCGCUUCGUGUCCAACCUCACCGAGUCUGACCGCAUCAGCCUCAAAUGGGAGCGCUACCAGCCGCCCGAGUACCGAGACCUCCUGAGCUUCAUCGUCUACUACAAGGAGUCACCUUUCCAGAACGUGACGGAAUACGUGGGCCAGGAGGCCUGUGAGGCCAACAGCUGGAACGUGGUGGACGUGGACCUGCCGCUCAGCAGCGACCAGGAGCCGGGGGUGGUGCUGCAGGCCCUCAAGCCCUGGACCCAGUACGCCCUCUUUGUGCGCGCCAUCACCCUCACCACUGCCGAAGAAGGGCGCAACUAUGGGGCCCAGAGCGAGGUGGCAUACAUACGCACUCUACCUGCAGCACCCACCGUGCCCCGGGAUGUCAUCUCCAUGUCCAACUCCUCUUCUCACCUCAUUGUGCGAUGGAAGCCCCCCACCCACCCCAAUGGCAACCUGACCUACUACUUGGUUUUGUGGCAGCAGCUGGUGGAAGAUGCUGAGCUGUACAUCAACGACUAUUGCCACAAGGGCCUCCGGUUGCCGACCAGCAGCGCAGACACCCGCUUUGACACAGAUGACAGCGAGGGCCUGAAGGGGUCUGAGGAGGAGCACUGCUGUCCCUGCCACAGCCCUGUGGGGCAGCCCCCCUUGAUGCCAGAAUCUUUCCAGAAGAGGUUUGAGAACUUCCUGCACAACUCCAUCAUCAUGCCCAGGCCUCCCUGGAAAGUAACCUCUGUGAAUAAGACCUAUUACAGGAUCCCCAAGAGGCGCCGGGACACCUCGGCCCUGAUGACCACCCUUGGCCAGGUCUUCCCCAACACGUCCUCUCCAGAGACCCUCGGGAACGCGGCCAGCCUGAACCGCACGGGGGCUGACUCAAAAGCCGAGACAGAGUUCCGCAUCUUUGAAGACAAAGUGGUUCGAGAUCGGACCGUCAUUUCUCACCUGCGCCACUUCACAGAGUACCGCAUCGACAUCCACGCCUGCAACCAUGCCGCGCAGACCGUGGGCUGCAGCGCAGCCACCUUUGUCUUCGCCAGGACCAUGCCGGAACCUCAUGCAGACGACAUUCCAGGGAACCUGACCUGGGAGCUGGCGGGCAAGAGCAGUGUCCACCUGAGAUGGGAGGAGCCCAAGAACCCCAACGGCCUCAUCCUCAAGUACGAGAUCAAGUACAGCUGGGAGAAUGAGAAAGUCCCUACCGUGGUUUGUGUUUCCCGCCACCGCUAUUCACAAAAUGGCGGCUUCCACCUUGCCCUGCUCCUGCCAGGGAACUAUUCUGCUAAGGUUCGAGCCACUUCCUUGGCGGGGAACGGUUCAUGGACCGGACUCAUCAAGUUUUACAUUCCUGGGCCAGUAGAGGAAGAGGAGCCCGGCAAUUUCUUCGUGCUGCUGGCCCUGAUGCCUGUCGUGCUGAUGGUGGCCCUCGCCUCCCUGGCCGCCUUUGUCUUCUUGUACAACAAGAAAAGGAACAAUGACAGAUACCCCAGCGGUGCGCUUUAUGCUUCCGUCAAUCCAGAGUACUUCAGCACCUCCAACAUGUACAUCCCGGAUGAGUGGGAGGUGCCGCGGGAGAAAGUGACGGUGCUUCGGGAGCUGGGCCAAGGCUCCUUUGGGAUGGUGUAUGAGGGGGUGGCCAGGGACCUGGAGCAGGAGGGCCAGGAGACCCGAGUUGCCCUGAAGACGGUCAACGAGAUGGCCACCCGCCGGGAGAGCAUCGAGUUCCUCAACGAGGCCUCCGUGAUGAAGGCCUUCCGCUGCCACCACGUGGUCCGCCUCCUGGGCGUGGUCUCCCAAGGGCAGCCGGCUCUGGUCAUUAUGGAGCUGAUGACGCGAGGAGACCUGAAGAGCUUCCUUCGUUCUCUCCGGCCGGAAGCAGAGAACAACCCUGGCCUGCCUCCCCCUUCGCUGAAGGACAUGAUCCAGAUGGCUGAAAUCGCUGACGGCAUGGCUUACCUGAACGCCAAGAAAUUUGUUCACCGGGACCUCGCUGCCCGCAACUGCAUGGUGUCCGAGGACUUCACCGUGAAGAUUGGAGACUUCGGCAUGACCAGAGACAUCUACGAGACGGACUACUACCGCAAAGGGGGGAAAGGCCUGCUGCCCGUCCGCUGGAUGUCCCCCGAGGCCCUCAAGGACGGAAUCUUCAACACCCAGUCCGACAUCUGGUCCUUCGGGGUGGUGCUGUGGGAGAUCACGACCCUCGCAGAGCAGCCCUACCAGGGCAUGUCCAACGAGCAGGUGCUGCACUUUGUCAUGGACAACGGAGUGCUGGAGAAGCCAGAGACUUGUCCCGAGAAGCUGCAUGGACUGAUGACGUGGUGCUGGCAGCAGAACCCCCGCCUCCGCCCCACCUUCGUCCAGAUCCUGGAGAGCAUCCAGGAAGACAUGAGCCCCAGUUUCCACAAGCAUGCCUUCUUCUGCAGCACAGAGAACAAGCCCCACAGCUCCUGCGAGGAGGAGACGGAGGGGACAUUGGAGACCGAGACGGAGCAGCUGCUGGAGGGGUGGGAGGAGCUGCUGCCUUUGCCCCCACCCCCAGGCUCCCCCCCCAAGGGCAGCCCCCUCCUGGCCCUGGACCAGCCCACAAACUGCUGCCACAGCAACGGGAAGCCCCGCCUCUGA